CACAUUCAAAACAUAUCUGAAUACUACCAACUUUUUAGAUGAAAAAAAUGUCGAAAUGACAGUCAAGUCAAGCAAAAGUCACUCAAAAGUUAUAUUUACUUCGUAUCAGCCAUAAAAACCUAAGAAAACCCAAGAAAGGUUUUCUCAGUCGAACAAUAUUGAGUGAAUCAAUUUAACACUUGUCGAGGAAAACAAGCUGGAAAUUUUUUUAUAGAUGCACAUACAACUACCCAAAUGAAAGAUUGUAAAUGAUCCUAAAGAUACCUUUAUUCUUUACUUUUAAUUAUUUUGUGAACUAAUUCUAUGAGCUCUUCAGAUUUUACACCAAAUUCAGACGAAGCUUCAAGGAAUAACCUAGAAGCAUCGUCAAGUAACCUGCUAGACAACGAAAAAAUAAUCUUCGACGAUAAAGACGGAGUUAUGAAACGAGCUGCUGCUAAGAAACUUAUAGAAAGGUACUUCUAUCAGCUGACCGAUGGCUGUGGUAACCCCCAUUGUGAUAACCAGUACUGCGCAUCCAGCGGAGUAGUGACUAAUAGGUUGAAAAGAACAGAUAAUAUUGAAAGACAUCCCAAUAAAAUAGCUAGAAAACAAGGAGCUCUACUGAAUGAGAAAACAAAUGGAGGAUCAAAUGAUGUUUGUUUCAGUACUGCCAGUAUACCGGCCAAUGAUAUUGUCAUUUCACAGGGUAAUAUGGCUGGCUGUAAAAAUGAUAUGAAGUACAGCAGCGCUCCAGUACCCACAUUUUUAACAGAACAAUCUCUUUAUGAUAUAAUUGAUUUAUGUGAAGCCAAUGACUCCUACUCCCCGCUGAUUCGAACACUGGGGGAAAUCUUCAGUAGUAUCGAGAACCUUUCGAAAAGUUUUGCUCAAGACCUAAGUAGCCCUACAGAAUCGUGUUCCGACUUCGGAAGUACAGAAGACGUAAAGGGAUUGAAAAAAGAACAAGUCAGGUCUCUAGAAGGGGAGAAAGAUAAAGAUGAGGAUUGUUGCGCUGAGUCCAGUAGGAAUAAUAUCACUCCGGUGGAUAUUCCCGCUGUGAGGAGGGCGUUCACUGCGCUUUUCAAACUGAAAUCGUCUAUUUUUGAAAACGCUCUUGUUAAUGCUUUGGUUACUUUGGCUGGAAACCUUCAAAUGGAGCUGCCCACGAGGAAAGAAAUGGAUAAUCAAGAUGACAUUGUUAACGUUCUCGUGAUCGUUUUCGAGAUUCCAGCUUUGGAUUUUGUAUUAUGCAAAUAUGCUCGCCGGCGUUUUGGAAUCGCCUGAACUGAGAUGCCCAAAUAUUUUAGAUACGAUAGAAGGUUCUCAAUCGAAACCGAAAUCAUUACCUCCCUCUGAUCCUCUCGCCGACGAACUGGGCGUUCACGUACUAGACUGCCGAAUUCCUUAUCUACCCUAUUCCGAAUUUUAUAAUGAACUUUUAAGCGAUACUGUAGAAAUGGACAGAGAUUUCGCAAACUACAAAAGUGAUUCAGGUAAAUUCAGUUUUAUGAAUUAUCCUUUCAUUCUUACGCCAGCCACAAAAACAUUGGGACUUUAUUUCGAUAACAGGAUACGGAUGUACUCGGAAAGGAGGAUAAGUUUCAUGCAGGCGUUCACAGGGAUGCCGUCUCAGCCAUUUCUGAAGCUGAAAGUCAGAAGAGAUCACAUUAUCGAUGACGCUCUGGUCGAGCUGGAGAUGAUUUCGAUGGAUAACCCGAAGGAUUUGAAAAAGCAGCUGGUCGUAGAGUUCGAAGGGGAGCAAGGAAUCGAUGAAGGAGGAGUAUCGAAAGAAUUUUUCCAACUCGUCAUCGAAGAAAUCUUCAAUCCGGACUAUGCCAUGUUCGCGGUGCAGGCCGAAUCGCAAACCGUAUGGUUCAACCCGACUAGUUUCGAAAGCGACGCCCAGUUUACUUUGAUAGGAAUCGUUUUAGGGCUGGCCAUCUACAAUAAUGUCAUUCUAGCAGUUAAUUUUCCGAUGGUACUCUAUAGGAAGGUGAUGGGAAGGCAAGGGAGCUUUGAGGACUUGCAGGAUUGGAAUCCGGUUUUGUACAACAGUUUGAAGCAAAUGUUGGAAUAUAAUCAACCUGACUUUGAUGAAGUGUUCAUGCAGACUUUUAGGAUAAGUUACCAGGACGUUUUCGGUUCGACCAUCGACUAUGACUUGAAAGAAAAUGGUUUUGAGAUACACGUAACACAAGAAAACAAAUAUGAAUUCGUUGACCUUUAUGCGGAUUUCCUCUUGAACAAGUCUGUCGAAAAACAGUUCCACGCUUUCUAUAAAGGAUUCCAAAUGGUUGUGGAUGAAUCGCCUCUCGAACUGUUGUUCCGUCCUGAAGAAAUCGAACUACUGAUUUGCGGUAGUAAAAACUUCGACUUUGACGAACUAGAAAACUCCACAGAAUACGACGGAGGUUACACAAACGACUCGCAAAUUAUCAAAGACUUCUGGUCCGUGGUCCAUUCUCUGUCGCUGGAAGACAAGAGGAGGCUUCUGCAGUUCGCGACGGGUUCAGAUCGUGUCCCGAUAGGCGGGUUGAGUAAACUGAAGAUGGUUAUAGCGAAAAACGGCCCAGACUCGGACAGGCUACCCACUGCUCACACUUGCUUCAACGUGUUGCUGCUGCCCGAAUAUUCAUCCAAAGAAAAACUGAAGGACAGACUGGUCAAGGCGAUACACUACUCCAAGGGAUUCGGCAUGUUGUAAAAUGUGGUGUUGUGGUCUUGUCGUGAUAAGUAGUGUAUAUGCAGUUACUAACAAACUGUAAUAUUGUUUUUAAUAAUAAUCAUGUACAGCUGUCGAUUAAGUUUCUAUUGAUUAUUGGUCGGUUGGCUCUUUUUAUAUUGUGCACACUUUUUUGAUGGAAUAUACGUCAGGAUCGUGAAUAAACAAUGUUGAAAUACUAGGGUUA